UUUUAAAGGAAAGGGUCCCUCUUUUUUUCUUCUCCAACUCCUUUAAAAGAUCUGCCUUCUCAAGGUGCCAAAUUGCAAGUCCAGAGAGUUUGAAAAGGCAGAAGAGAGAAAGUGUGGGGGGGAAAGACAACGUUUAGGUCUGGCUUGGUGGUUACUGCGGCUGGGGCGGGACUGGGGUCCAGAGAGUUCGGUCCGGGCCCUUGCAGUUCAGUUUUCUCUUGGACAGCCCUGCUCUCUUAGCAGUUGUUUUGUGUUACGAGUAUUGCGUGUAGCAUCGGUGGGAUGGCUGGAGCUAGGCAACAGAGUUUGUCCAGGACUUUGCUGGAGAUUAGCUUUCAGUAUUGGGCGAGGCUUGUCCCGUGGAGCCUCAGUGACCUUUUCAGUUAAUCAGGGCUGUUACAAGGAUCCCAUACAGUAACAGAUGGGAAAGGGCCAGGUGGCUGGUAAGAAGCAAAGCGGCUGCUAGGUGCUUCCACACUUGGAGCAUCCGGAGGGAGACAUGGCUUCCCACAUCCACCAUAACACAGGCUCACUAGCUGGGGGGCGUCCUAAGCUAGUGCUGGUGGAAGAAAGAGUGGAUUUAAUAAGGAGGUGGGCCUCAGUGUGUGUGCAUUUGUUUUUGACCAAGCUGGGCAGAGGCAGAGGAUGGAAAUGGCCCAACCCCAGGGCCAGGCUGACAAGUAGACCCCUGGGAAUGGCAAAUGUUUUGUUUGUUUGUUUCAAUCUGCGUAUGGAAUGAGUCAUUGCCACUUGCCAAGGUGAAAUUGCAAAUCUGGGCUUCCAGUGAUUCCAAAAGUCUGUGACUGGGAAUUCACAAGCAAGCUGGUGGUUGAAGCUGGCUAAAGGACAGCCUUAGGUGUUUCAGAAGUGUUCAGGGGCGUCUUUCAUGGGGGAGGAGGAGACGGUUUAUAAAUGAAACUCAAAUGUGUCUUCAGCAUUCUUUUUCAACGGCGACAAUCACUGAACUUUGGUUAGGACUGAUCUAGUGUAUCUCUCUUUGCCCAUCUUGAGUUAGGAUGGGAGAGGAGGAAAUAGGUUCUUUCAUCUCUUCCUGUCCUCUCCCUUCCCCCAUUCCCUUCCCUCAUCCUCACUCACUCACAUGCACACACUAACCUUGAAGCCGAUGGGAUUGAGUGACUGGCACUUGGGACCACAGAGAAAUGUCAGAAUGUUUGGUUACAGACUCAAGGAAACCUCUCAUUUUAGAGUGCUCAUUUGAUUUUAAGCAAAAUUUUGGACUGUGAAUCAAGGCGUUGGGUGAAGACAAAAUGGCCUCCCCGGCUGACAGCUGUAUCCAGUUCACCCGCCACGCCAGUGACGUUCUCCUCAACCUUAAUCGCCUCCGGAGCCGUGACAUCUUGACUGAUGUUGUCAUCGUGGUGAGCCGUGAGCAGUUCAGAGCCCAUAAGACAGUCCUCAUGGCCUGCAGUGGCCUGUUUUAUAGCAUCUUCACGGACCAGCUCAAAUGUAACCUGAGUGUGAUCAACCUGGAUCCCGAGAUCAACCCUGAGGGGUUCUGCAUCCUCUUGGACUUCAUGUACACGUCCCGCCUCAACCUGCGGGAGGGCAACAUCAUGGCCGUGAUGGCCACGGCCAUGUACCUGCAGAUGGAGCAUGUUGUGGACACUUGCCGGAAGUUUAUCAAGGCCAGUGAAGCAGAGAUGGUGCCUGCGCUCAAGCCUCCCCGUGAAGAGUUUCUGAACAGCCGGAUGCUGAUGCCCCAAGACAUCAUGGCUUAUCGGGGCCGGGAGGUGGUGGAGAGUAACCUGCCGCUGAGGAACGCCCCUGGGUGCGAAAGCAGAGCCUUCGCCCCCAGCCUGUACAGCGGCCUGUCCACCCCGCCGGCCUCUUAUCCCGUCUACAGUCACCUCCCUGUCAGCAGCUUCCUCUUCUCUGACGAAGAGCUGCGGGAUGCCCGGAUGCCGGUGGCCAAUCCCUUCCCUAAGGAGCGGGCCCACCCCUGCGAUAGCGUCAGGCCCGUCCCCGGUGACUACAGCCGGCCAGCCAUGGAGAUCUCUCCCGGUGUGUGCCACAGCAGCAUCUACUCACCCAAGGAGGCGGCCCCAGAGGAGACACGCAGUGACAUGCACUACGGUGUGGCCGAAGGCCCCAAGCCUGCCGCCCCCUCGGCCCGGAGUGCCCCAUACUUCCCCUGUGACAAGGCUGGCAAGGAGGAAGAGAGGCCCUCCUCAGAGGAUGAGAUCGCUUUGCAUUUCGAGCCCCCCAGUGCGCCCCUGAACCGCAAGGGUCUGGUCAGUCCACAGAGCCCCCAGAAGUCCGACUGCCAGCCCAACUCGCCCACGGAGUCCUGCAGUAGCAAGAACGCCUGCAUCCUCCAGACCUCUGGUUCGCCUCCAGCCAAGAGCCCCACCGACCCCAAAGCCUGCAACUGGAAGAAAUACAAGUUCAUCGUGCUCAACAGCCUCAACCAGAAUGCCAAACCGGAGGGGCCUGAGCAGGCCGAGCUGGGCCGCCUCUCCCCUCGAGCCUAUACCGCCCCGCCGGCCUGCCAGCCGCCGAUGGAGCCCGAGAGCCUUGACCUCCAGUCCCCAACCAAGCUCAGCGGCGGCGGGGAGGACUCCACCAUCCCACAGGCCAGCCGGCUCAAUAACAUCGUCAACAGGUCCCUGACAGGCUCCCCCCGCAGCAGCAGCGAGAACCACUCCCCGCUCUACUUGCACCCCCCCAAGUGCACGUCCUGCGGCUCUCAGUCCCCCCAGCAUGCAGAGAUGUGCCUCCAUACCGCCGGCCCCACGUUUCCCGAGGAGAUGGGAGAGACCCAGUCUGAGUACUCGGAUUCCAGCUGUGAAAACGGGGCCUUCUUUUGCAAUGAGUGUGACUGCCGCUUCUCUGAGGAGGCCUCACUCAAGAGACACACACUGCAGACCCACAGUGACAAACCCUACAAGUGUGACCGCUGCCAGGCCUCGUUCCGCUACAAGGGCAACCUCGCCAGCCACAAGACCGUCCAUACGGGUGAGAAACCCUAUCGUUGUAACAUUUGUGGAGCCCAGUUCAACCGGCCAGCCAACCUGAAAACCCAUACUCGAAUUCACUCUGGAGAGAAGCCCUACAAAUGCGAAACGUGUGGAGCCAGAUUUGUACAAGUGGCCCACCUCCGUGCCCACGUGCUCAUCCACACUGGAGAGAAGCCCUAUCCCUGUGAAAUCUGUGGCACCCGUUUCCGGCACCUUCAGACUCUGAAGAGCCACCUGCGAAUCCAUACAGGAGAGAAACCUUACCAUUGUGAGAAGUGCAACCUGCAUUUCCGUCACAAAAGCCAGCUGCGUCUUCACUUGCGCCAAAAGCACGGCGCCAUCACCAACACCAAGGUGCAGUACCGCGUGUCUGCCACCGACCUGCCCCCGGAGCUCCCCAAAGCCUGCUGAAGCAUGGAGUGUUGAUGCUUUCCAUUCGAGUCCCUUCUCAGAAUCUACCCAAAGGAUACUGUAACACUUUACGACUUUCAUCCCAUGACGUAGUGCCUCUUUCAUCCACUAGUGCAA